ACAGGCAGACAGGAAACACGUCUUAAAGAAGGAAUCGUCAGACUUCAGCCUCAGGAAGAACCUCUGCGCUCUGAGCUGCUCAGUGGAAAGUUCACUGUGUUGAGUGUACGGGAUCCUUCGGGGGCCUCUAUUGCCUUGUACACAGCCAAACUUCAUCACCCAAACAAGACAGGCAACCAUGUGGUGCUUCAGGCCCUCUUCUACCUCCUAGAUCGGGCCGUGGAAAGCUUUGAGACCCAGAGGAAUGGCUUGGUGUUCAUUUAUGACAUGGCAGGCUCCAACUACACAAACUUCGAGCUGGACCUAAGCAAGAAGAUCCUCAACCUGCUCAAGGGGGCGUUCCCUGCCAGGCUGAAGAAGGUGUUGAUUGUCGGGGCCCCUGUUUGGUUUCGAGUGCCCUACAAUCUGCUCAGCCUGCUUCUCAAGGAGAAACUUAGGGAGAGGGUUCAGAUGGUGAAAAUGGCUGAGCUACGCCAGCACCUCCCCAGAGACUGCCUCCCACAGCACCUUGGCGGCCUGCUGCCCCUGGAUGCAUAUAGCUGGAACCAGCAGCUACUGGCAGGCCAGAACGGCCGAGUAGACCCAGUGGACGAGCUGGUGGGCAUCCCAGUGGAAGAGGCCUCAAUUCACGUCCCUGGACCCGAGUCCAUGCGGCCACAUGAGCUGCUGACACACCUUGGCAGGCUUCAGCGGUCAGGCAUCCAUCAAGAGUAUGAGGAGCUCCGCAGAGAACCCCCGCCUGGAACCUUUCACUGUGCACAAGCAGCCUACAAUCUGGAGAGGAAUCGCUAUGGAGACGUGCUGUGCCUUGAUCAGACAAGAGUUCGUUUGAAAGCCAGAAAGAACGAGAGAUCAGACUACAUCAAUGCAAGUUUUAUGGACGGCUACAAACAGAGGAAUGCAUACAUUGGUACUCAAGGACCACUGGAAAAGACCUACAGUGAUUUCUGGAGAAUGGUCUGGGAACAAAACGUGCUUGUUAUUGUAAUGACAACCAGGACAGAUGAGGGCAGUCGGAGGAAGUGUGGACAGUAUUGGCCUCUGGAGCAAGGGGGGCAGGAGGUCUAUGGCCAUAUGGCAGUGGUUAACCAAAGGGUUGACCACCACACCCACUAUAACCACACCACCCUCGAACUGCACAACACUGAGACAUGUGAACAGAGACAAGUGAGUCAUUUCCAGUAUCUCAGCUGGCCUGACUACGGCGUUCCCACCUCAGCAGUGACUCUCAUUGACUUCCUGGGAGCUGUGAAGAGACAACAGAGGAAAAUGGUGAAGGCUUUGGGACUUCAGUGGGCAGGCCACCCACAGGGACCUCCAAUGGUGGUCCAUUGCAGUGCAGGGAUUGGGAGAACAGGUACCUUCUGUGCCCUGGACAUCUGUCUGUCCCAGCUACAGGACGUAGGCUCACUAAAUGUAUGCCAGACGGUGCGACGCAUGAGAACACAGAGAGCCUUCAGCAUUCAAACCCCGGACCAGUACUACUUCUGCUACAAUGCCAUUUUGGAGCACGCCCAAAGGCAAGGCCUGCUCCCAGCCAAUCAGUGAGCUUCAGCCCCGACUUCCCGAAACCAGUCCAUGAGCCCUGAGAUUUCUGCAGUCAAUCUGUUAACCCCAAGCCGUGUUGUGUGACCAAUUAGUGAGCCCAGCAAAGUUAACUUCCUCACAGAAGCUGUCUUUUGAAACUAGGCCAUUCUUCAUUUACAAGCCAGACCAAGACAAGACAGUGACACGAAAAGGCUUGAGUGUUGACAUUAUGAUGUUUCAGUGUGAUAACAUUCUCGCUUCCAACAAUGUGACAUUUUGUUUCUUGCUGAACAUAAGUAUGUGGCAGCGUGAACAAACUGCUCUUGUGUUGUGCAAUUUUGUGGUCUUUGGUCAGGCACAUUGGGUGAAGUGAUUGAGAUAAUGUUCAUUAACCUCUUGUUUAUUUAUUUGCCACUUUAAACCAAUGGAGGGGGAGGGGGCUUUUUUUAAAGGAGUAGUUCACUCCAAAAUAAAAAAAUAUUCACUCAUCCCAUAUCAGUUAAAACUCCAGUAAAGUUUGUAAGACUGCAAAACAAUGAAUGACUUUUAACUGCAUUUCAGUCAAAUUCUGCUUAAACCCUAAAGUUGCUAUGGAAAUGAUACACAACAAAAGGUUUGUUACUUUUAUACCUACAACUGCUGUGGAAAAUAAAUGCCCCAUAGACACAAUUACUGUACACUGAUGAUAUCUUGGUCAGAUGCAUGACAUAAGCACUCAACUUAAUUUAGUAGUUUUAAAUGAGCUGAGAUGGAACUACAGUGGCUAACUUUUAUGCCUUUUAACUAUGUGUUGGAGUUUCACAUGACUUGGGCGAGUUGACACAAUUUUAAUUUUGGGGUGAAAUGAUCUUUUAACUAAGUACACCAUUUAAAUUCCAAAUGGGGAGCUUCAUCUCCACUGUCAUCCAACAAUAAUAGGUUUUACUCAUGUACUUUUAGAGUAAGUUGGGUAGGUUUGUACACCUACUGUGUCCAGAAAUUAUGUUCCCUGUAGUGCAUUUUUAGCACAUGCUAUAUGUCACGUAGAUGGUACGAGCUAGUUGCAUAGUCUCAGGAGUGUCAUACUGAACACGAGGAGGUGAAACUGCCCAACUUGUUGCCAAAAAACAAUUUAUUCAAAAGAAUCUAUUGCCAAGAGGUUGUCGUAUUCCUUCAAGGCUGCACAAUUCAUUCUCCUCUGCCUCAGUAAAUAUCCCUGUAUGGCAGUAAAGAGGGGUAAAGCACAUCCAAAAUGAUCAGGCUGUAAACUCCCUUUUGUGAUCCACUCAUUAAAUAGUUGUCCAUGUGAAUUCCUCUGUAGUUUUAUGUUUUUGCUUUUCAAUAUGUAUCCACUGAAAUCUUCCAUAUCGCCUACGUAUUGAGAUUUCCUGACUUGCAGUACAGACAGUGUCUGGCCGCCUUUACUCACUAGCAGUGCCAUCAUGCUUUAGUGAUUGUGGAAAUGUAUUGCUAAUCACCCACACAAUGCACACACACAUUUAGAGCAGUCUGUAAUGACUAUGCCAUUGAAGCGUACAUCAGAAGUCAUCAGUUAAGACCUCACGAGUAGUGCAAUACUUUUGUUUUUGUUUUUUGACACACAUCAUGUCUUAGCACUUUUAAAUAACCAUUCCCAAUGUGCUCUGAGAUUAGUCAUCAUGUCAAUAGGAUGACAAGUAAAACGUAAUAGUCGUCAUAGGUCUACAUGUGAUGCUGGGAUAACUUGAUUGUUAUUGUUAAAUUUAGUAACGCUUGAAUAUGAAACAUUUAGUGACAUUUUGGUCUUACUGUAAACAUCUGCAUAGAGCUUUAUUGGGACAAAUCAAGAAGAUUUUACAGGGAAAUCAGAAAUUAAUGACACAAUAGCUGACUAAGCAUGCACAAAUCUGUGCCUACACCCUAUAAAGUCCUUCUUGGGCACCUGAGAGUCAGAAGUUUUGUCUGAAGUAUAUUUUCAUUAUUAAUGUGUUACUUUAAGUUCUACAGACUGUGGUUGUAAUCAGUGCUUUCAUCUGGUCCCAGUAUCUUGCCAUUAUUAUAGAGUACAUGUACAAAAACAGUGUCUUGUGUUGCAUUAUGUUGUUGCCAGGUGAAAAAAAAUGUGUUCUUUACUACAGAAUUCAUAUUGAAUUUGCUUGUAGUGAAGCAUUUUAAGUCUGCCAUCCUCAUGCACUCUGAUUUUAGAAUUAUUUUUCCUUUCAAUGAUGACGCAAAAUGUGCCCUAUUUUAUUUUUCUAUUGUAUUCAACAACUGUUUUCAUACGAUUACCCAGGAUAUACAGUUAUCUACAUUAAUUUUAUAUUUGUUCUAUUAUAACCUAUUACUUUAUCAUUCGUAUGACUAUUGAAUCAAGCUAUACCGUAUUAAAUACAAACUAUGUCAACAUA